GGAGCGGUCCUGCCGCGGUACCAGCCUCCAGCCUGUCGCCCGGACUGCCCCUGACCCAGGCACGCCCGCUGCUCGGUGGCAGAAGGGCCGGCGGAGCGCCAUGGCCUGCAUCCUGAAGAGAAAGUCUGUGAUCGCAGUGAGCUUCAUAGCAGCGUUCCUCUUCCUGCUGGUUGUGCGCCUGGUAAAUGAAGUGAAUUUCCCACUGCUGCUAAACUGCUUCAGACAGCCUGGCACAAAAUGGAUUCCAUUCUCCUACACAUAUAUGCGGCCCCUUCGAACUCACUAUGGAUACAUAAAUGUGAGGACACAAGAGCCUUUGCAACUGGACUGUGACCUUUGCGCCAUAGUGUCAAACUCAGGUCAGAUGGUUGGCCAGAAGGUGGGGAAUGAGAUAGAUCAGUCAUCCUGCAUUUGGAGAAUGAACAACGCCCCCACCAAGGGCUAUGAAGAAGAUGUGGGCCGCAUGACAAUGAUUCGGGUUGUGUCCCAUACCAGCGUUCCUCUUUUGCUAAAAAACCCUGAUUAUUUUUUCAAGGAAGCAAAUGCUACUAUUUAUGUUAUUUGGGGCCCUUUCCGCAAUAUGAGGAAAGACGGCAAUGGCAUCGUUUACAACAUGCUGAAAAAGACUGUUGACAUCUACCCGAAUGCCCAAAUUUACGUGACUACUGAGAAGCGCAUGAGUUACUGCGAUGGCAUUUUUAAGAAGGAGACUGGGAAAGACAGAGUCCAGUCUGGCUCUUAUCUCAGCACGGGAUGGUUUACCUUCAUUCUGGCCAUGGAUGCCUGUUAUGGCAUUCACGUCUACGGGAUGAUAAAUGACACCUACUGCAAGACAGAAGGAUAUAGAAAAGUCCCUUAUCAUUACUAUGAACAAGGAAGAGACGAGUGUGAUGAAUAUUUUCUUCAUGAGCAUGCGCCAUAUGGGGGGCAUAGGUUUAUCACUGAAAAGAAAGUGUUUGCUAAAUGGGCCAAGAAUCACAGGAUAAUAUUCACACACCCAAACUGGACAGUGUCUUGAUGUUAGUUUUUUCUGAUCUUGCCACAACACUUGACGUGAUCAUAAUACCAUAACUGUGAUGCUGACGAUGCUGAUGAUGGCGAUGGGAAAGACAACAGUGAUGAUCAAGUUUCUGUACAUUCUCCGAAACGGAUGGUGGCUCUGCCAGUAAUUUGAACUUGGGAUUUCAUGGAGGGUGGAUGUGCUCUUUACAUUCUUUCUGAAGGUUCAACAUUACAUACUGCACUUUAUAAUUUAACUGGAAUUGAAAUGAAGGCCAGUAACAAGACAGCAGUGACCUAAGAAAUGGGAAGAUUAUCCAUAAGGAUAGCUGCUCAGAAUUCUUAAACAGUGACUAACUUUCAAAAGCCAUGGGAUUUGGCCUCGUGAGGCAAGGUUGACUCUCCAGUCUCUUGAACUUGAGGAGCUCUACCAUCUUGAAGAAUGGUUGAUUGUCAAACACUGAUCCAAGAAAUGCUAUCUGGGCACAAGUACUGUACCACAGUUACUUGUUAGCCCAGAAGCGGGGAAGGAAUCUCUUCCUGACAGAACAUGGUCCUAGAGUACCUCCCUCAGCUAAAGCCUCAGGCCAUUUCCUAAUGAACAAAGAAGAUACCAUGGACACCCUACCCAUCAGGAUCCUUCAACAGUUCACUUAAUUCAAAAUGGGCCAACUAGCAAAUCUUGUUGAAUUUUCAGUCUCACCACUCCAUUCUCACUACCCCAAACAAUAUAACUAAACAUGUCACUAGAGUGAUCUCUAUUAUUGCUUAGUUAUUUUUGGUUGAGUCCUAAAUAUUUUAGAAAGCUAUUUAACAUGUAAGAUACCAACACUGUAAUAACAUAUACUGUGAAAGCAUUCUUAAAACAUAACCAAAAGGGUUUGCUAAUUCUGCUUCAACAUCCAACAACACAAAAAUAUAUGCUUUUAAAAUCAUGAAACAAGGAAAGCAAAGCAUAUUUUUACAUCAAUUUGUAUCCUACCAUACUUCAUAAUAUAUAUUUAUAUAUUCAAAUUUCUACUUUAUAGGCUCAGAUGCAUCUCUCCAUCCAUUACAUUAUUGUUGCCAAGUGCCAACUGUUAGACAUGGAGAGGAAAUGAUUCCUGGUAUUAAAUCUGACAGAGCUUUUGCCUUCUUGGGGUUUAUUAUCCCCACAGUGUUAUCAGUUGUUAUACCAUAAUAACAACACUAAUAAUGACCUUAAUGUCCAAAGUGCUUUGUAAUUUAAAGUCCUUAUACAUAUGCUGUCCUAUGUGAUGCCACCCCCCUGGGCUGUUUUCUGCACAUUCUGACAUCUCUUUAGCAGAUGAUCUGUAAUUUGUUCAUUGCUUUGAUAUAUUCCAGAUCUUUGCCUCUGCUAAUAUUUGUAUAGAAUAGCAUUUAUGUAGACUAGUAACCAAUUGAUUUCAGUGCCAAAUACAAUAUAUUAUAUGAGGAUUAUGCAGAAAAUAUCACAAGGAUCGUCCUGGCCAUAGACUAGGACUCCUGUGAGCAUAACUACUUUUGAUUUUUUUUUUUUUUUUUUUUAGAAUGACUCUUUUUAGGUAGAGAAAAGAUAAUGAAGCAGGGGCAACAGGAGGGAAUGAACACAGAGAAAUACAGUUUCCUGUCCCCAUCUUGAGAUGACAUUGUUCUCCAUACACUCAUUGCUCAUUAGAUACGAGAGGGUUGAUUUGCUGACAGAAGCUGAGAGACCAAAAAUAUCCUUGCAAAUGAUUCAAAAAACACAGCCGAGCUUAACUGACAGAAUGAUUUGGAGAAUGAAAGUGAUGACGCAUUUCACGUCGGCAGCUCUCUGCAGGUCCUUACCAGUGCUGGCUCCCAUGAUAAGUUCUCAAAUGGGGCCAUCCUGGGCAAAAGUCUCUUUGCUGCUCUCUGCCGCCGUUUGGAUAACACCAAUACCAGAGCCAAGAAAAUGGCCAAAGGCCAU